AUGGAGGCAAGAGAAAGAUUAACUUGGGAUCAAUUCAAGUUUUACACAGGUCUCACCAAGACAAUGUUUGAGAUUUUAUAUACAUUUCUCGGAAGGGAAGAAGUUUGUGGCUCUUUGAAGUACAAAUAUAACGACAAGACUCCCAAGAGGGAACAAUUCAUAGGUGAUUUGUUUCCCAAAGACAAACUUUUCAUGACACUGCUACGAUUAAGAAGAGGGAUCCCAGUGAAAGACUUAGGAGUGCUAUUCAACGUUCAUGGCAGCUGGGCAGCCAGAGUGGUGUGCGUAUGGGUACGCUUCAUGAGUUUGCAGUUCAAGUUGCUUGAAAGCAGCAUGUUCCCCACAGCUGAUGCUCAAAAUUCCCUGAAGCCAAAAUGUUACGAGAAGUUUCCCAAAUUACGUGGAAUAAUUGAUUCAACUGAGUUCAAGAUUCAAAGACCCAAACAUAUGCAGCAACAAAGCAACACCUACUCCGCAUAUAAGGGUGCGAAUACAUUAAAAGCUCUUGUGUGCCUUUCAUGCCACGGUGGAUUGUCAUAUAUUAGUGAGGGAUAUGAAGGCAGCAUAUAUGACAGGAAGCUGCUUAUAGAGAGUGGUCUGCUGGAAAAGAUGCUCCCUGAAGAAGCUCUAAUGGCUGACAGAGGCUUUGACGCAGAAGACCUAUUUGAUGAGAGGGAUUUGGAGCUUAUUAUGCCAGCAUUUCUUGGAAAUAGAGAAAAUUUUACAGCCAGAGAGCUUAUAAGAAAUAGAGCUAUAGCUGUGUCUAGAAUCCAUGUAGAAACAUUCAUAGGUAUGAUAAAACAAUUUCGCUUGGUGCGGUAUGUUAUACCCAAUUCAAUGUUGGCCUAUGCAAGUGACCUUAUUAAAGUCUGUGCUUUCUUGGCCAACUUUCAAUUGCCAUACAUUAAAAACGAUACUGAUGAUAAUGAUAACAAUUAA